UUAAUAUAAUAAUGAAAAGAGGUGGUUAAUGUUAGGCGAAACACAAAAUAAUUACGCUCAAUCAAGUUUAAACUAAAGAAUUGGGAAUCUAAUCCCUCACCCAAUACAUUACCUGCUCAACAAAUACCAAUUUCCCAUCAGAAAAAUUAAAACCGAACCCGUUCACAACAAAAAUGGCACUCUCGUUCUGCUCCGCCAAAUCGCUCCCGCUCCUACUACUCAUCUCAGCCAUUCCCGUGGCAUAUAUCAUCUCUCUGGAGCGAACCAAACCUGCCACUCAUGUCUACCACUACCACAGCUCCGGCUACAUGCGCGAGUGCGCCAAGUGGGAUCAAUCCAACCGUCGAUUUCUCGUCUCCUUUAUGGGUGGAGGAAUAGGUCAGGUCUCCGUACCCGAAGAUUACUUGCCCGACACUGUUCUAGAUGAACUGACGGUUGUCAAAGAAGCUGACUUGUCCGGUAAUGCAUCACUGGGGAUCGCCGUGGACCAGCCUAGGAAUCGCCUCCUUGUGGUGGUUGCAGAUCUUUUGAGGAACAAGUAUAAUGGGCUGGCUGCUUAUGAUUUGUCCACAUGGAAACGUUUGUUUCUCACCCAACUCACUGGCCCAAGUGAUGAGAAAUCUUUCGCGGAUGAUGUAGCAGUUGACAUAGAAGGCAAUGCAUAUGUUACGGAUGCCAAAGCCAGUAAAAUUUGGAAGGUAGGAGUGGAGGGUGAGCUGCUAUCCAUCAUUAGAAGCCCUCUGUUUACUGCAAAAGAGUGGUACAAAAACUUGGUUGGCCUAAAUGGGAUUGUUUACCAUCCAGAUGGGUUUUUGAUUGUCAUUCAUACAUUUACUGGGAAUUUGUUUAAGAUUGAAAUUGCCAAAGGAGAGGAAAUUAAAUUAAUUAAAGUAGAUGGAGGACCCUUGUCAUUUGGAGAUGGUUUAGAGCUACUGUCUCCAACGAAGCUUGUAGUUGCAGGAAAUCCUUCGGCAAGAUUGGUGGAGAGCUCUGAUGGGUGGGAGACGGCAUCUGUGGUGGCGAAAUUUAGCGGGCCUGCUCAUCGUUUGGCCACAGCUGCAACUGUUAAAGACGGAAGGGUGUACCUCAAUCACAUGUUUGGGUUGGGAUAUCCCAAGAAGAAGCAUGUCCUAGUCGAAGCUGUUUUCUAAAACCUGGAAAUAUAUAUAUAAUAUAAGCUCCUUCACAUAUAUCGUCAAAACUGUUGUGUAGCUAAAUUAUGUUUGCUUUCUUCCUUUUUAAUUUGUGUUGUACCAGUACUACGGAAAACAAUAAAUAGUUUUGAAAUAGUUUUCCUGAUA